AUGGUCACUGGACAGGGCUGGGGUUCCUGCGCCUUCAAGUGUUUCGGUGCCGUCGUGACUAUUGUCGGCUGUGGAUACUGUGCCUGGACUGGAACAUGUGUUGCCACGCCACCCAUUGGAGCAUCCUGCAUCGCUGCCAGCUACACCAUGUACAACAACUGUGUGGACGCCUGUAACAAUGACUUUGGCGAUCUCAGCAAGAUGUCUGCACCAAACUACCUCUGUUCCUCGGCUGAGGUUGCCCUUCGCAUUGGCAGUGAGAUGGAUGGAGGCAUGUGGAACUGGUCCAACGAGGCCAAUGACUUUAUCAAUCAGAACUGCAUUGAACAGUAG